AUGGCCGACGAUGCGGAGCGCAUUAAAGCCGAGAAGCUAGCCGCGGCCAAGAAAAGGGCAAGCCCCCACGAAGUUGCCCAACUCCAGAAGAAAAAGAAGGCUAAGAAGGCUUCCACUGCUGGAACAGAAACACCCAAAGAGCCACAAUCACCAAAAGAAAAGGAACCCACGCCAGAUGUCCCGUCUCCAGAAACUCCAGCGGCAGACGCCCCCGCAGACGAGAAGCCAGACAGGCAGGAUGAGUCGGCAGAACAGGCUACUACCACCAAGCCAGCAGAUGUAGAAGAAUCGCUACCAACCCCGGAGGCCGAUGCGAAUGCUGAGUCCCCUACCGAACCGAUGCCUCCAGCGCCCAUAUCUCCUGGUCCAGAGGCCGAUACACUACCAGUGAAACUCGACGCGCAGGUCGAGUCUCCCACAUCUUCUGUGCCGGAGGCUGACACGCUGCCGGUCAAUCUUGAUACACAAGUCGAAGCUCCUACAUCCCCUGGGCCAGAACCCGAUGCAUUGCCAGUCCAGCUCGAGGCGCAAGUCGAGGCUUCCACAUCUCCUGCGGAGGUCGACACCCUACCAGUCCGCCUAGAUUCGCAAGUCGAAUCUGACACCGAACCGAUGCCUCCAGCACCCACAUCUCCCGGUCCGGAGGCUGAUCCGCUGCCCGUCCGGCUCGAGGCGUCCCGCCCCACCCAUGGCCGACAACCCUCGCUAUCGAUUCAGUCAAAGAUGCGAUCGUCUUCAUUCCGCAAGACAUCUGUUUCACAAGGAAGCGUCUCGCCUUCUCCAUCCACAACGCUCAAGUCCCCCGCACAAUCAUUACCGCCUUUGACAGGCGAUGGGGAUUCGGUUCACGAGGUGUUCCGUAAACAAUCUACUAAGAUUGAAGAACUUGAGAGGGAGAACAAGCGAUUGGAGAAAGAUCUAUCAGAUGCAACCACUCGCUGGCGCAAGACGGAGGAGCAAGUGGAGGAUUUGCGGGAGGCAAGUGUUGAUGGUGCGGAGUUGAGGGAGCAAUUGAAGAAGGCGGAGGAGAAGGUUGCAAGUAUCGAGUCAUUGAAAGAAGAAAUUGCCUCCCUCCACCGACAGAACGCACAGCUUCAAACACGCUCACAUCGAAACACAACGACAACAGAGUCGCCGCCAGCUGAUCUCGUUCGUCAGCUCGAGUCCAAGUCUGCCACUAUUGAGUCUAUGGAACUGGAGAUCUCAAACCUGCGCGCCCAGGUUACCUCACAAACUUCCUCUAACGAUGCACACGAGUCACAGGUUGCAGCGCUCGAGGAAAAGGUUUCAAAAGCCCAGUCAGCACUGGAGAAAUCCCAACAAGAACUGGCAGAUACGAAGCAGGCGUUGACACGGGCAUCCGAGAAAGCAGUCAAGGAAGGCGUCGAUAAGACAUCCACAGAAACGCUGAUUAGGAAUCUCCAGCGUGAGAUUGAGGAGCAUAAGAACGAAAAGAGCGAGUCGGAAAAGAAAAUCGAGACGCUCGACAAGAAACUCCAAGCAAUCGGUAAUCUUCACAAAGAAACCGAAGCCCGACACCAAACACGAUUGCGCGAGAGCGAGAAAUCCGAAAAGGAAAUCGCCGUGAUGCGGAAGAAGAUCGCCAGCAUUGAAAACGAGAACCUCCGUCUGCGCGAGGAGAGUGAUCGGAUCCGCACUCGCCAAGCCGGCGGAGGCGCUGACGACGACGCCUUGGACGAGCUUGAGGAUGAAGAACGGCAGCGUCUUGAGCGCCGAAUCCGCGAGCUGGAAGGCGAGGUCUUCGAUCUGCGCCGCGGCGUCUGGCAAGAGAGGCGCCAGGAAAUGGAACACUAUCCCGAGGAUGGAACCACCCCUGCCUCCGGCGAUGCAGCAAACGCAUUCGAUGACGUCGAUCUUGUCGGUGGACGGCCUGACCAUGCCCGUCGUCGCAGCAUGGGUCAGCAACAGCAGCACUCGUCUUUCUCCACGGUGCUGUCUAGCGGCUUUGCUGCCUUUACGGGUGCCGCUGGCAACCGUGCCCGUGCUUCAUCGUCCAAUGCGCCUCACCCGCCCGGUACCCGUGGUAGUCUCGAGCUUGUCUCCGAAGAAAACUUCGACGAUGAGUUCGACGAGGAUGCAUUCGCGCGUGCGCAGGCCGAAGAAGAAGGUCGCAAGCGCGUUGAAUGGAUGCGCGAUAUUAAGAGCAAGCUGCGUGACUGGAACGGCUGGCGUCUGGAUCUAGUUGAUAGCCGUGCUGGUGCCGAAGGUGCCGGCGUAGGCAUGGGCGAGAUCUUCGAGGUUUAG